UACGUGACUUUACGUCUUUCUCUCUUUUUCCAUUACCCCUCCAUCUCCACCCAUGCCUUUUGAAUCGAUCCGAGGUCAGUCUUGAGUUGGGCGCUCAAAGUGUAGACGCGGAAACCCAGCACAGAGACCCGCCAGGACCACCUGGGCUCAGGUUAUGUGUGAGUUCUGGGACAGAGAGAAGACAGUCUUGAUGAUGGAAGCAGUAUCGUUUGAAGAGGACAACGACAUGUCCUAUGAGGACAGUGAGUCAUCUCUACCAUCUCCAUUCACUUUGACCCCUGCGGGACACAAAGGCAGCUAUGAUUUAGAGCAGAUGAGGCAGCAGGAAGAGGAGCAGCAUCAGACCUUCACCUUCUCUAGAGACUUAGAGGCUGCCCGAAAUACCAACACCAAUGCCAUCAAGAGAGGAGAUGCAGAGGCAUACGUUGAGUUAAACGAGCUACGUGGGGAGGUGUGGCAGGAAAUGGGACGCUGGCUGGGUUAUGAGGAGAACUUAAGCCCUGCCACGGGACAGUGGAGUCAGCCCCACAUUUCCUAUCUCACCUUCAAAAGCCUCAUUCAACUCCGCAAGGUCAUGACCACAGGGGCGGUGCUGCUAGAUGUUGAUGAGAGCAGCUUAUCAAGCAUUUGUCAGAAGAUGGUGGAACAACUCCUGCUCAAAAAAGAGAUCCGGCCCACUGACCGUGACGCUCUUGUGGCCAUACUGCAACGCAAGCGCAGUCAAUUAGAGCCCACUUCGGCCCCUGGUUCAGCAGACAUAGAGCUACAAACAUUCUCAAUCACCAAACAGCGAGACAUGGUUGAUCGUGUGGAGGCCUCUGUGGUUUUAUCAGGUGUGGUGGAGAACCUCCAGAAACCAGUGGUGGCGUUUGCACGUCUACGGGAUUCAGUGGUGAUGGAAGGGGUUCUAGAAGCUCCGAUUCCUGUUCGUUUUGUCUUCUUCCACGUGGGCCCCAGUCACAGUGGCAUGGACUAUCAUGAGAGUGGCCGGGCCAUGGCGUCUCUGAUGGCUGACUGGGUGUUCACUCUGGAGGCUUACUUAGCUACAAACGAGAAAGAUCUGACCAAUGCCAUGGCAGACUUCAUGGACUGCAGCAUUGUGAUCCCACCCACAGAAAUCCAGGACGAGAGCAUGCUUAAGCCAAUCAUCAACUUUCAGAAGAAGAUGCUACGAGAUAGAGUCCGCCCAUAUGACACCCGACUCAUGGUUGGGGGCAAAGCCCCAACUGGACCUGAGAAGCCACGGGAGGAUCCACUAGCCCGUACCGGCUAUCCGUUUGGCGGUAUGGUCAAAGACAUAAAACGUUGCUACAAGCGUUACCUUAGUGACUUUACCGAUGCACUGGACCCUCAGGUGCUGUCUGCUGUCAUCUUCAUCUACUUCGCUGCCCUUUCACCUGCCAUUACCUUCGGAGGACUUCUUGAGUGCUUCACCCGAAAAUGGAAACUCAUACCUGAGAUAAUAGAGAGGGCCUAUCCCAACACUGCCCUGCUGUCCAUGUGCCUUAUGUUUGGCUGUUUCUUUAUUGCAUUGUAUAUCCGUGGGUUUAAAACUAGCACCUUCCUUCCCGGUCCUAUUCGUCGAAUGAUUGGAGAUUUUGGUGUCCCCAUCGCCAUCUUCUUCAUGAUUGCUGUGGAUAUCAUCAUCAGAGAUGCCUACACACAGAAACUGGUGGUGCCAAAGGGGCUGACCGUGUCCAACCCAUCUGCUAGAGGCUGGAUCAUCAGCCCAUUUGGUGAGAAGAAGCCAUUCCCUGUCUGGAUGAUGUUCGCCUGUGUUGUUCCUGGCUUGUUGGUCUUCAUCCUUAUUUUCCUUGAGUCCCAGAUCACUACGCUGAUCGUGAGUAAGCCUGAAAGAAAAAUGGUCAAGGGCUCUGGUUUCCAUCUGGACCUCCUCCUUUUGGUGUUCUUGGGAGGAGUUGCCUCUGUCUUCGGUGUCCCCUGGCUCAGUGCUGCUACAGUGAGAUCUGUCACCCAUGCCAAUGCCCUGACUGUCAUGACCAAAGGCCCCAGACCUCAGAUUGAACACGUGUUAGAACAAAGAGUCAGUGGUAUUUUGGUGGCCGUGAUGAUUGGGGUCUCAAUUCUCAUGGAGCCCAUCCUGAAGAUGAUUCCUAUGACGGCUCUGUUUGGCAUCUUUCUCUAUAUGGGUAUCACUUCACUGAGUGGCAUCCAGCUUUGGGACCGUAUGCUUCUGCUUAUUACACCAAAAAAGCAUCAUCCUCCUGUUCCAUUUGUCACCCGUGUGCCCACUAUGCGUAUGCACUUGUACACUUUGAUCCAAGUGAUUUGUUUGGCGAUUCUGUGGGCAAUCAAAUCUAGUGCAUUUUCACUUGCCCUGCCCUUUGUCCUGAUCCUCACGAUCCCACUGAGAAUGUUCAUGACCGGUCCCGUCUUCACUAUCAUGGAAAUGAAAUGUCUGGACGCAGAUGAUGCAAAUGUGAAAUUUGAUGAUGAGGAUGACUAAAAUAACCCCAAAACACCCCUGGACGUCUUUCUUGAGCCACUAUAAAUUAAUCUUACUGUGUGCAUUAAAUGAGAAUCUUUUGCUUAUAUUUUUUAACUGUUGUACAUUCAGUUCUUAGCUUAACCAAUCGAUAUGUCUCUACAUCAUUAAAGUUUUAGAAUGCAAUUAAUGCAGACCUAAAAUUCAUAAACUGUUCAUAUACAUUCCAUAGUUGUUUAUCACAAUCCUUCCUUACUUUUUUUUUUUUCUUUUGUGUGUUUGUGUGCCUGAUAAGAUAUUUGUUUUUGUUUUUUUCAUUUGGGAUUUAUACAUCCUGGUGUUUAUUUAUUUUAUGUAUUCAGGGUUUCGUGCAAGAAAUCUCAUGUCAGUGUGAAGCAUGUCAACGACACACCAGCUUGAAUGUAAAUCCUAUCAUGUUUUAACAGGUGAUGCCUUAUGCAAAAUGUGCCUUUAUAUAGAAUUUCAAUGUUUCAGGGACACCAUACCUGUAAAUAUGAUAGGCUUACAAAUACAGAAUAUUAGCAUAGGUUAUUUUUGCAAAGAUUUGAUACUUUAGAGUAUAAAUUAAUAUUUGGUUUUAUGUAUGCUUGGUCUGUUAUGGUGUGUGACUUUAAUGAUUAAAAUUCUUUAAAACAUCUACAAUAA